AGUAUUCCACAGAACAACAUGAAGAAUGUUCCGAAGUGUGGUUUUAACUAUCUAUUUCCAUGUAAUCAUAUAGGUGACAGGCCACCUCCAGAAAGUUGCUUUAAAUUACAUGCUUGCCUUUCAAAACUGAAGGUAGAACAGUCAGACAACCAGGUGUUACAUAAAUCUAUAUGAAUACACCUAUAUAAAACACCUUUGCUUUUAAUUCUUACCUCUGCUCUGUUUAUUUACUACCUGCAUUUUAUAUUUAUUCCUGUCACAUGUUUUUAGAUUUAUUUCCACAUGAACCAUCAUCAUUUCUCCUUCACAGAAUCGCCUCUGACAGGUGUGCGCAAUCUCGGGGGAGGAGGAUGUCCCAAAAUGGAGCUGUAUGCAUUGAUUUAUUUUGAUUCCCGCUAGCUUCUGUCCAGGAAGACUUGAACCAGAUCAACCAACAGGGGAAAUCAGUCAAAGUCUCGGACGAAUGGCUCCAGCUUCAUCAGAGCAGCCACAGCUCUGAGUGAGUCUUCGUCCAUUCACAGCGAUGGCCUGUUUCAUUUGGCGCAGGACCUAUCUGGGCUGGGACUGGAGCCUAUGCCCUCCAACAUCCUCGAACCCAUCACACUCAAAGAGGAGCCCUGGUUGGAGGAAACCCAGAGACUUCUAGAACCUAACAACAUGCAGAUCUCUCCGAGUGAAGACAAGAUACCUGUGGUGGGUUCACCCGAGAGCCACAGGUACAGCGGUGAGGGCCUUUUCUUCUCGGAUGGCCAACGUAAAGUGGACUACGUUUUAGUUUUCCACCACAGGAGACACGGUUCUAUACGCAUCUCCAGCACCCAUGACCAGCUCUCUGUGGUGUCCAAUGGGAACUUCCCCUCAUCUGUGGCCUCAGAGGGGGCAGAGAGGAGAGGCAUGGGGGUGCCCGGGGGCCCUCCUGCCAGUGUGGGGGAGGUGCUGAUGGAGCUGGGAGCUGCGGAGAGCCAGGAGAAUGUGGAGCCUGUGGACCAAGAGAUGAGACUGAUCAGACAAGAGUUUGAGGCCAGUCUGAUGGAGGCAGGACUCGAGAUCGAGCGGGACAAAGAGGUAAAACCUCACGGGCCCAGCUUCACUCGGCUCCAUGCUCCAUGGCCAGUGCUGUGCAGAGAGGCAGAGUUUCUCAAAAUUAAAGUCCCGACAAAAACAAGCUAUGACCUGAAGGAGGAGAGUGGCUUCAGUACCAGUAUGAGCACUGUGUGGAGGAAACUCAACCAGCCCUUUCAGCCCAGAGUCCCACAUGAGCACGGCCGCAUCAAACUCCUCUCCCACUGCUUCUCCAGGGACAAACUGCACCUAUACAACAUCACAUCCAAAGACACAUUUUUUGACAAUUCCACAAGAGGCCGAAUAGUGUAUGAGAUCCUGAGAAGGACAGUGUGUGUGCGAACCUGCCAGACCAUAGGUAUUAGUUCUCUGAUUGCUAAAGGCGUGUAUGAUGCUGCCUUCCCUCUUCAUGAUGGUGAUUACAAGGUCAUAGGUCAUCUCGAGGAGAGGAACGACAGACAGGUCCUACAUGAAGAGUGGGCCCGAUACUCCGCCUUCUACAAGUACCAACCAAUCGAUCUGGUCAGAAAGUAUUUUGGGGAGAAGAUCGGCCUGUACUUUGCGUGGCUUGGUGUCUACACUCAGCUGUUGAUACCGGCGUCCAUAGUGGGAAUCAUUGUGUUUGGAUACGGAGUCGCGACGCUUGACACGAAUAUCCCCAGUUUGGAGAUGUGCGAUGAUCGUCUAAACUUCACCAUGUGUCCUCUCUGUGACGGGGCAUGUGAUUAUUGGAGACUGAGCACAGCCUGUGGCACGGCCAGAGCCUCGCACCUGUUUGAUAACCCUGCUACUGUGUUCUUUGCCAUCUUCAUGUCUCUGUGGGCUGUGCUGUUUCUGGAGCACUGGAAGAGACGUCAGAUCAGUUUGAGCUUCAGCUGGGAUCUGACGGGGAUCGAAGACGAUGAGGAACAACCUCGGCCAAAAUAUGAGAACAUUGUCCUUCAAAAGCGACAGAGGAAACAGCAGAAGAAAAAGAAGAAGAAGAAUGAGCAGGAGAAGCAGGAGGAUGGGACAGUAACAGGGAAGGACAGGUGGAGACAGAAACUGCUGUCUGCCAUGUCUGCUGGCAAACCGUCUGCGGUGGAGAAAUUGACCUGGAAAGAUCGUCUCCCUGGGUACUGCAUCAAUGUUUCAUCAAUCCUCUUCAUGUUUGGCCUGACCUUCUCUGCAGUCUUUGGCGUGAUUGUCUACAGAAUCACAGUGUCCGCUCUGAUGGCCAUGAGCUCAGACCCGGAGGUGAAGUCCAACGUGCGCGUCACAGUCACGGCGACAGCGGUCAUGAUAAACCUGGUGGUGAUCCUCAUCCUCGACGAGAUCUACGGAGCGGUGGCAGUGUGGCUGACGGAACUUGAAAUCCCUAAAACAGAGACAAACUAUGAGGAGCGUCUCAUUCUGAAAGCCUUUUUACUGAAGUUCAUGAACGCUUACGCCCCCAUCUUCUAUGUGGCUUUCUUCAAGGGAAGGUUUGCUGGUCGACCUGGAAGUUAUGUCUAUGUUUUCAAUGAUUAUCGAAUGGAAGAGUGUGCCCCUGGAGGCUGCCUGAUUGAGUUAUGCAUCCAGCUCAGUAUCAUCAUGUUGGGGAAGCAGCUUAUUCAGAACAACAUUUUUGAGAUUGGAAUACCUAAGUUGAAGAAGCUGGUUCGGACCCUGAGGGACAAAGGCACUGUGGUGGAGCAGAAGCAGGAGGACCAUCCCCGACAGUGGACCCUGGACUAUGCCCUCGCCCCGUUUGAGGGACUGACCCCAGAGUACAUGGAGAUGAUUAUCCAGUUUGGGUUUGUGUCCCUGUUUGUGGCUUCCUUCCCUUUGGCUCCUCUCUUCGCUCUGCUCAAUAACGUCAUCGAGAUUCGUUUGGACGCAAAGAAGUUUGUGACUGAACUUCGACGCCCAGUGGCAGCUAGAGCCAAGGAUAUUGGUGUUUGGUACAACAUAUUGAGCGGAAUGGGCAAGUUCUCUGUUAUCAUUAAUGCCUUUGUGAUCUCGUUCACUUCAGACUUCAUCCCGCGCCUGGUCUAUCAGUACGUCUACAGUCCCACCGGAACCAUGCACGGGUUCAUAGACCACACUCUGUCCUAUUUCAACGUGUCCAACUUCAAAUCAGGGACAGCCCCAGAGAGCACUGAGCAUGGGGACAUCUCUGUGUGCAGGUAUAAAGAUUACAGAGAACCUCCCUGGUCUCCAGAUGCCUAUCAGUUCUCCAAACACUACUGGUGCGUGCUGGCUGCCAGACUGGCCUUCGUCAUUCUUUUCCAGAACCUGGUGAUGUUCCUGAGCCUGGUGGUCGCCUGGGUGAUCCCUGACGUCCCCAAAACCAUCGUAGAGCAGCUCAAACGCGAGAAGAAACUGCUGGUGGAUUUAUUUCUACAGGAGGAGAAGGAGAAGUUCCAACUGAUCCAGAGUUUAUUCAACAAAGAUGGGGCCAACCUCCAAUCAUGCAGCACUAUGCUCCAAUCGGGACAAGGCCUCGCUCCUCUGGGUCGAUACAGCACCCUGCCCCCCCUCAAUACCCAGGCCUCUGCCCGUGAUGCCGAGGGGUUUCCUAGGGCACGAUGCAGGGCUGCUAGCUUCAGCCAGUUCAGCAGAAAGGCAGCCAGUAGUGAGAAUGACAACUCCGUGCAUACCGCGGUUUAACAGGUGGCUUACGAAAAAAGACGAUUUGUUUUGUUAUGUUCAAAAAGGAUGAACAUGGACUUAAAAGACUUGCUUUCUACUCAAAGACUGUUCAAAUACAUGUUUUUUGGUAUAAAUAGUGAGGCAGAUAAGCUUCAUAGCGUAGACAAGCAAUAAUGGCUUUUAAUUGGCCACAGUUCGGAUAGAGAGAGAGAGUGAGGUCUGAAAGUCCCUGAAGUGUGUGAUAGUAAUGACCUAAUGUUUAUCAAGCCGACAGUAGCAAAUAUUUUGUGUUAUUUUGUAUUACUCGUAGAUAAUUUAUUAAUACUAUGGAAGAGGAUUAGGCUAAC